GAGGCACGCAGGCCAAGCGGUUUAGGGGCCCUAGUGGUGAUAGCAGCGUUCGGAUGUGGGAGCGCGCGCCAUGGCGGGAGCUUGGAGCACGACGUCGCCAUCGAACAUGACCAUGGUGGAGCUCCGGUGAGAGGGGAGGAGGGGAAGAAGGCGACCGCGGCCUUGUGUGCUGGAGCUCCGACGAACUCAAGGGCGGUGGUCAUCAGCGGAGGCAACAAAGAGAAGAAGGGCGGGGUGCUCGACGGUGACGAAGAGGAAAAGAAAAGAUCUGAAGGAGGAAGAAGAGAUUGGUGAGCCGUUGGAUCACUAGAUCAAGUUUUGGGCCUCAAAACAGCCGAGUGCUCACUACACAGACUCAAAAUUUUCCGGCUGCUCCCUGGACAGACUCAAAAUUUUCCGCCUGUUCCGUUCAUCUCUCUCGUCCUUGUCCUUGUCCCGUUCACCCCUCUCUCUUGCUCGCUCUCGGCCUUCCUUUCCUGUCGGCGACGCCUGGGCGGGCGAGCGCCGUCGCCCUUUGCCAGUUCUUCCUUGGCCCCUUCGCCGGUGAUUGGCGCCGCGUCUUAUUCCGCCCUUUCGCGCCGGGACUAGCGCCCACCAGGAUCAGGAUUGAAGGGGCUAUAUAGAGCUGGCCACAGUUAACCUGAUCGCCUGAAACUGAAAUGUCAUUGGUGGUGAAGCGGUACCGAUGUACGCACUCUGCGAGCUGUGCUUGCCUCAAGGGCCAGGUCAGGGAGGAUGCUAUGUAUCUCGUGUUCAAACACAUGAAUUGGAACCCGAAGAUGAUUGCUAUCUUAUCCAGCGUAUGUAAGUGGUUUGAUGAAUUUGCCAAGAGGGUGCUCUGGAAGGAAUUCUGCAAUGCCAGGGCACCAAAGAUGAUGAAGGAUUUGCACUCUGAUGGAAGCCAUAUUGUUGAUGGCAACUGGAAGGCUCUAGGGAAGCUUCUUAUCUAUUGUGCAGGGUGCCCUAGUGGAGACCUGUUUAGUAAUGUCCAGGAUCCAAUCCGAGGGCACUUUGUCUACAGGACCUGUUUUUCUAGGACAUUGGGGAAGAGCUUAUUGGCUCCACAGUGCAGGUCUGAUGCGUUGUAUGUCUCAGAGUCCUGUGAACAUCUUGACCAGGGUGAGGAAGGUGACUUGGGCCUCUUCCGGGGUAUCUUCAAGUCAUUUGCUGCGUCGGAGAUGAAGAAGAUGUUAAUUGAGAGUCAGGCAAAGUUCCAUCCAAAUGAGAUGUGUCCUUAUUGUAAAACAAAGCUAUGGAACUUGAUGCAGCCAAAUAUGAUACCAAGUAGUGCUGCCGUGAGAUUGGGUGCAGAAGAUGGUUCUGCUGAGUACUAUGUAUGCCUUAAUGGCCACAUCUUUGGUUCAUGCACUCUGAUACCCAUAUCCGAUUCUGAGGACACAAAGGAAGAGUGAUCAAGACUUGAAUUAGGUUGCUGUGUCAAUUCCCGUGUUUUUGACUAGGAAGUGAGCAUCGAUAAGGACGAGCCCUGACGUCGCCGUUGUACUUAACUGUAACUGUAGUACCAGUGUUCUCCUAGCUGCCUUUCUCUUUGGGGUUGGGUGUUGACAGAUUCUCGUAGUUGCCUGUGGCAGUAGAAAAAGAAGAGGUUGUUGUAUCGUGUUUGCUGUGCCUACUGCCUGUAUUUAUGAAUGCGUGCACCUGCAUACUGCAUUUGUUACCGGUAUGUGUAAUGCAUGUACCUUGAAAUGUACAGACUUUUCUUGUAUCCAGUACAGCAUGUUGUGCUCUGAA